UUCUGACGCAGCUGACGAUGUAAACAAGAAAAGACGGUCGAGGGCAAAAGGGAUCAAAGAUACCAGUGUCACCACCAAUGAUAGCUGUAAAAUUCCCAUAAAGCUUGAGAUGGGGCUCCCUGUUACUAUUAAAGUCAAUUUCAGGGGGAAUGUAAAGCGUUUUUUGGCUCAAGAUCUGGAUAAAUUGGAGUGGGAAUCGGUGGAAACCUGGAUUAAGGCGUCAUUUGGGAUCAACCAUUUUCAAGUGAAAUAUUUUGAUGAGGACAACGAAGAGAUCUGUAUAAAUACCCAAGAUGAAUAUGAAGAAGCUAUUAAGAGUGCAGAGAAGCAGGGGAACCAGUUGCACAUGAACGUGUACAAGAUGAAGGGACAGGCAUGUGGACCAUUGAAGACGGAGGUGAAGGAACUUAAAGGGGACCUCCGACCUGCUCCUCCAUAUCCUUCCAGGGUCAAGACUGUGGACAAAGGCACUCAAGUCACACCAGAGAAAGAGGCUGCUGCAGUGAAAGACAGCAAGGCAAACAAACCAGAAGAUGAGCCCCCUCCUGUAUGGUUUAGAUCUUAUAUGGAGAAGUUUAAAGAUGAAGUGGUUAAGGAAGUGGUGGAGAGAAUGUGUAGUGAUUUCUCUGGUCAGUGCUGCACCCACAAGUCUUCAGACAGAGGCCUUGAGGUCAACGGUGCGAGUGGUGGUGCUCCUCCAGGCCCCAGCACAGGCCCAUCCACCUCAAAUGAGUCCCUGGGUUACACCCCAAACUGCAGCAGCUGCAACAAACUCACCUCCGACGGGGCGUACAAAUGCAGUGUAUGUCCAUCCUGCAUCCUGUGUGAGAUGUGCAGACAUAGCCAUGACCCCAGCCACAACCUCAUAAGAACGAAGACACCUCUUUCAAUCCCUGAGCAUGGGCCGUCUGGAGAAUUAAGGUUCCCAAGGCGAGGAGACAGGACAGUGCGCAAGGCCGAGCGACAGCGCCUCAAAGCAGAAAGGAGGCAGCUCAGAGCUGAAGUGAAGGAGAUCAAGAAGAAGCUGCGCCUGGAGAAGAGAGGACUGCAGUGGAGUGGGCCCUCUACCUCAGCCCGAGCCAACCUGACAAACGUGGCAUCCGCCUCCACCCAGGCUCCUGCCGCGCCCCCCAGCGUCGCCACGGAGACAGCCUCAGGUCCAGGCCCCGCCCAAGGCCCCAUCUCUGCCCUGGGCUCAGACCCCCAGACCUCCAGUCCAGAGGGUCCUGGGGUCUCGCACACGUCCUUGGUGCCCACAAUGGCUGCCUUGUUUCUGGAUGAAAAUCUGCCUGACGGCACCCGUCUGGAGCCUGGUACCAAGUUCAUCAAAUACUGGAAGAUGAAGAACUCGGGCACAAUCGGCUGGACCUCAGAGACUAAGCUAGUGUUCAUGUGGGGCAACCUUGGCCUGGCGUCAGAGGAGAAGAGGGAGGUGCCAGUGCCCUUACUGCUGCCCGGACAAGUGGGUGUGGUCAGUGUGGCGUUUGUGGCUCCUGUGAUGGAGGGCACCUACACGUCCCACUGGCGGCUCGCCCACUGCGGCUGCCAGUUCGGCCCACGCGUCUGGUGCAGCAUCGUGGUCGACCCCGGCAACAGUCGCAGUGACCCUGCUCUUCAAAAGAAAACACUGGCAAAUGACUUUAAGUGUGUGGAAAAGGAGAAGGAUGUAAGGCCAAAAGACACUGGUCCAGUCCUGGCUAUGGACAUCAGCCAUGACGACUUGUACUUCCCUUCAGUGGACCUGCUCACUGCCCAGGAUUUACUCUCAUUUGAGUUGCUUGAUAUAAAUAUAGUUCAAGAGUUGGAAAAAGUGCCCAACAAUACUCCUGUUGACUUGACUCCUUGCAUCUCCCCUUUGCCACAUGAUGUACCUGUGCUGGAAAAGGCCACAACUUCACAAAUAAAAUCAGAAACUAAAGAGGAUAUCGAGAUUACAGGAGUCAGAAAGCUUUUUGGGGCAAAGCCAAAGCCUCAUAGAGAGAUGCUGGAGUCUGUGACACAGGAAGAGGAGAGAGAAGAGGAAAUCAGCGGCGCUCAGUUUUUGUGUGAAACUAUUAUUCGUUCACUCACAUUGGACGAACCACCCGACCAUAGACCAAUGCGCAGGAUUCUGCACAGCAGCCACAAACCACAAUUGGUUUCCCGAGGUCCUAGCAUUUGCCUUGACAGAAAUACAGAUGUUGAAAUGACAACUAAAGAAAUGAACCCUGCAAGAGUUGAAAGUCUAGCUCCACUCCCAAAUAUAUCUGUCACGCAAGAUGAGGACACUACUACAGCUCUCCUGUUGGAACCAGAAAAAGAAAACACUACGUUGCGCGAUGACAAAGACGAUGAAGCUGUUGUUUUGAAUGGCACUGAAGCGAAUGAAGAUGAGAAGGAGGAACAGGCAAAUAGGGCUGAAGACUGGGACGAGGUCAGCAGCCAGACCUCCUCAGUCUCCUCCUGUGAGGACUACAUCAUCGUUCUCCCCGACUGCUUUGACACCAGUCGCCCUCUGGGACAGUCCAUGUACAGCUCUGCUCUGUCCCAGCCUGACACAACUACAACCCCCAAUGACACUGCAGCCAAUGACACUGCAGCUAGCGAGACCGCAGCCAAUCUGGACUUCGAACAGGACAAGGAUAAAGAAGAGCCCGCCUCCAAACUGAGCAGGGCGGCGUCACUGACAGAGAGGGUGGAGCCAGAGGACAGCGGGACAGAAGCUGAAGUGUCCCCCUUGUCCUGCCCCCCCGUCCAAAGCACCGUAAACCAGAUGCUGUGCGCCUCCCAAACCCUGGAUGCGGUCACUCUCACGCCUGAAGUGGUCCCGCCUCCGGCACGCGUGGACCCCGUGCUCCCCCCGCCCACCCUGUACUCGCCAAGGUCAGAGGCACUGUAUUUAGCUGAGGACCCCAGUCCACCAGCGUGUGAGCCAUAUGAACCUCAACCAAGAGUUCACCUCAAUGUUUCAUCUGGUUUGUCGAGAUCAGCUGGCUCCGCUUCCAGUGCCUUUGAGACGUACAACCCCAGACCCAGCAAUGCACUGCAGCCAAGUAGGGGUCAAGGUGGCAUCACAGAGGGCCUGGUAAAGGGUGCUCUAUCUGUGGCAGCUUCUGCUUAUAAAGCUCUGUUCACUGGACCAAACUGCACCAUACAGCGCGGCAUCGACCCCGCCAUGAGACAGGACCCCUCGAUGAUGGCCAUGCUGCUGGAAAUGGGAUUUAGAGACCACCGUUUAAACCAGCGCUUGUUGAGGAAGCACGGAUACAGUCUGCUACAUACGGUCAACGAACUGGUUCAAAUGGCCGAAGAAAGCCAAAACGAAGCAGGAGACACCCACCAAUAAGAGACAAGCUUGGGUUUUAAAAUCUAAAAAGAAAAUAUAAAAUUGUAUCUUUUGAAAAAAUUGUGGAAAGGAAUAUUUAGAAAUUAUUCUGCCUAUUUUGAGGCUUGGGUUUUGUUUUAACACCAGUCAGGCAUAACAUUAUAACCACAGAUAAGGGACGUUAAACCUGGGACUUAAACCUUGGAAAUCAAGCUGUUAGAUAGUGGGAUAGGUGACAAGUUAACAUUUUUUCAUUCAAAUCAAGAGCCAGAAUAAUGCUGGAUUAUAUAUUUCUGGUUUAUUUUUUGUAGAACACAGUUAAAAUGUAUUAAGGGGGUCAAAGGGACAAAUAACGGUGUAUUAUUGUUUGGUGAUGGAUGUGGGUAGAGUCUUCCAUGCUUCUGAUAUAAUGUUAUGACAGUAUUUAACCGAUAUCGUUAAAUACUGAAGUGGAGGGCAGAUACGAACUCUGUGCCACCUUUAACUUGUCUAUUGCAGAUGUUUUGAUCUGGUUUAUGGCCAAUAUCCAUAAUUACUGGGUCUAUUCACAAAUAAAACUAGCACAGUGUCAAAAUCAGAUAAAAAUUAUGGCUUCACUCUGGCUUCAAAAUGUAAGAGUAUUAUUCAAUCAAACUUUGGACAGUAGCUCAGUUGGUAGAGCGUGUCCACGGAUCUGACCGUUGGCGGUUCGAUUCCCGCUCUCAACAUAAACAUCAUUGGUAAAGCGAUCAGAUCCACUUUUUGGUGCGAUUCCAGCUUCCACACAUGAAUACUGUUGUUGUGUUUUUGGGCAAGACAGUUAACCCACCUCGCCCCCAUUGUUUGCGUACACUGGUGUAUAAAUGUGUGUGUGAAUGGGUGAGAGGUUCCUUUGAGUGCCUUGAAAGUGGAAAAGCGCAACCAUUGCCCACAGAAAUAUUUCUCCCUGCCCUCCAUUUUAGAUCAUGACAUUAUCAAAAGAAGAGAAAGAAAACGUGGUUAUAAUAUUCUGCCUGAUUGGUGUGUGUUCUGUUGUUUUAGGCUGGCUUAGUUUUAAAAAUGAAGGAAUAUAAAUAUGGCACAGAUAUAACAAAUAAUAGAUUAGUUUUGAAAAAGUUAAGAAUUAUUAUAUCCCUAAAGAAGCACUAAAGAUGAGUUAACAUGGUGGAUUUAGCUUUUGCCAUAUUCCUGGUUUACUUGGAUAAAGAGCUUUAUAUAUACAAUGGUGUGGUGGAGAGAAACUGAACUGUGUAUAAGCUUCUUCAUAGUGUUUGUAUGGCUUGUAGCUGCUUCUUGGUCUGGUAAAACGCUGUCAUUUUCAGGAGCAUAGCUAGUUAAUUAAGAUGAUAAUUACUGAAUGUUAUACAAAGUUAUACAUGUGGAUGCUACUGGGGCAAGUUUAAUUUCAGAGUCAGCAGUGCAGUAAAAAAGGUGCAGUACGUAUCAUUUCUGGUAGAGAGUCCACCACCUGUUUGUCUCCAUGGAGAUGUUAUCGUUUUGCCUGGAAUGUUUCGCAGUAUGGCAUUAAACUUGACUUUAUCUAUAAAAAACUUACCUUAACCUACAAACAAACGCGCAGAAAACUCCACUGGUCCAAGUUAUUCAGCUUCCUGUGAUGAAGAAGAUAUUUUUGUUUAAAAUUGUUUAUUGCUAUGGCAUUGGCCCUAAUUUUUCAUCAUUCUAAAACCCGUUGAUAGGUCAGAUCUGCGGAGAGGAGGGCCACACGCGCAGUAAGGUUUAUGAGCAAUAAAAACACCUGUAAUGGAAGAAAUGGAAGAUGAAUAUUUUGAAUGCUGUACUGUCAAACAUUCCAAGAAAAGCAAUAACAUCUCCGUGGAAACAAGCAGCUGGCGGACCGUCCACUAGAAAAGUUCCGCAGUGCACCUUUUAAGAUAAUUCUUAAACAUUGUAGUGAAAUUCUGCCUAAACAAUGCAAUCUUUUUUCCUGUAUCAAGAGUACUGUUAAUAUUAUGAUGUUGACAUGUGGAAUGUAUUCAGAAACAGUUCAAAUGAAUCACUGUUAAGACACAUUAUAGGUUUUCUACCGCUUUCUGCACGAGCCAUGACAGGUAGAGGCUAUAGACGUGUUCUUGUGAAUUUUAGCGACAUCAUAGUGGAUCAAUGUUAUGCUUUGUGUCAUUUGGGGCUACACUCUUUUCUGCUAUGUCAUAUCUUUCCAAUACAAAUCAAGUGAACGCGGAUCUUAAAAUAUUAUCAUCACAUUCCUCAAACAUAAGGAACCAAAGGCCAGUUUCACCAUGUUUUAGAUCUGUCUGUAACUUCAAAGAUAAACUUAAGACAUUUUGGAUGGUUUUAUUAAAGGAGAAGGUGAGGACAAAAUCUAGUAUUUAUGGGUGCAAAGAAAUUUAUCAAGUUUUUAUGUUUAAAUCAAGUUAAGUUAAAUCUUUUUUUUUUUGCCUUGUGUAACUUUUUGGGUGGAGGUUAUAUCCUGUGUUUCUCCAUGGAUGCAUGUAACUGGAAUGUUUCACAGUAUGGCAUUAAAUAUAUCUAUACAAGCAGAGAAGCGUGUCCUGACACAGCUGACCAAGUUACAGGUCAGAUCCGUGAAGAGGCGACCCCACUUGCAGUAAGAAUGGUACUUUUUGAGCAAUAAAAAAUAUUGAAUAAAGAUAAGAUGGAAAGCAAGAUAAGUUUAAUGCCAUAUUGUGGAACAUUUCAGAUGAUUGUGCACCCUUAAUCAGGAGCAGGUGUAAUUUUAAAUAGUUUAGUAGUAUGUUGCAGAUAAAUCAAAAAAUUUACAGGUGAAACUACGCCUAAUUACUUUUUCUCGUAAUGCCUUUAACAGUUUACUGCGUUCAACGACCAUUUGUAUAAGUUACUUUCCUUUUAUGUUUGUGUGGUUUAAUUCAUAGUGAUGGACUCUUUUUCAUAUUUUAUUUUUCGUUCUUCACGUUUAAAUAUCUUCUCUGAAAAAUAUUUCUGAAUAGUAGAUACAUUGUACGCGUGUCGCCUUCUACAGAUGUAAACAUGAAAACCAUUUUGCUGUUUAAGAAAUGGCCAAUAAACUCUUUGCACAUCAGU